CUUCGCUUAUUUAUUAUUCAAAGCUCCCUAAUUCUUCAAUUUUUACCCACUCGCCCCGCCCAUUUUUGAACGAUAACGUGGCAAAGCUUUCCGAGCAGUACAGAUUCGAGAUCCCUUGUUCUCUCCAUCUCCUUCUCCAGCUUUCCAUUGAUCUCACACAGGCAUAGUUUCAGAUUUUCUCGAAAUUCCAUGAAUGUAGCUUGUAGGAUGCAUUCCACUGCGAUAUCGGCCCAUAAUAGACCCCAGUGUCGAUUUGCUCCAGUUGCUAAAUGUCCGGACAGUAAUGAUGCAGGUUCUAAUGUCCCAAUCGCUCGUAGUUUCGCUUUGUUUAAUCGUAAUGUCCAGGAUGUUAAAUUAAAUGCUCGGCGAGUUGAUAGUUUGAUUGGAAACAAUCUGGCAAAGUUUUGUGCGAAGUGUGCGACGUGCGUGGAUAGUGACCGUAAGGUGUUCGAUGAAAUGCCUGAGAGACCGCUGCCUGCGUAUACAGCUUUGAUUAGGGCGUACUGUCGGUCAGAGAAGUGGAAUGAGCUCUUUGCGGCAUUCGGAUCGAUGGUUGAGGAGGGCAUACUACCUGAUAAAUACCUCGUGCCCACGAUUCUUAAAGCAUGUUCCAAAAGACAAGCGGUGAAGACAGGUAAAAUGAUUCAUGGGUAUGUCAUUAGGAAGAGGUUGGUCUCUGAUAUUUUCAUUGGGAAUGCUCUUAUGGAUUUCUAUGGUAAUUGUGGGGAUUUGAGAUUUUCGAUUAAUGUUUUUGAUUCAAUGAGUGAAAAAGAUGUGGUGUCAUGGACUGCGCUUGUGUCUGCUUACAUGGAAGAAGGUCUUUUGGAUGAGGCGAUGGAAGCAUUUCACUCCAUGCAGUCUAGCGGGUUGAGGCCUGAUUUGAUAUCAUGGAAUGCAUUGGUCUCUGGGUUUGCUCGACAUGGAAAGAUUGGCACUGCUCUCAAAUACUUGGAAGCUAUGCAAGAACAAGGACUGAGCCCAAGGGUUAAUUCAUGGAAUGGAGUCAUAUCAGGCUGUGCUCUAAAUGGAUAUUUCAAAGAUGCUUUGUAUGUAUUCAUUAACAUGCUGUUGUUUCCUGAGAAUCCAAAUUCUGUUACUGUUGCUAGUGUUCUACCAGCUUGUGCAGGAUUGAGAUAUCUGGGUUUAGGCAGGGCUGUUCAUGCAUACGCUCUUAAGUGCGAGCUGUGUACGAACAUCUACGUCGAAGGAUCGUUAGUCAAUAUGUAUUCGAAAUGCGGGCAAGACGAUUAUGCUGAAGAAAUUUUUGCUAAAGCAGAGAAGAAAAACAUUACAUUGUGGAAUGAAAUUAUUGCAACUUAUGUGAAUCAGGGAAGAACAAGCCAGGCAUUAGAACGUUUUAGAUCAAUGCAGCAUCAUGGACUAAGACCUGAUGUUGUAACCUACAACACACUGCUGGCUGGAUAUGCAAAAAAUGGGCAGAAAGUUGAAGCAUAUAACUUGCUAACUGAGAUGUUGCAGAAAGACUUGGCACCUAAUGUUGUAUCUUUGAAUGUUUUAGUGUCUGGAUUUCAACAAUCUGGGUUAAGUUAUGAAGCUCUUGAGUUAUUCCAGACCAUGCUUUACGCUGCUUGCCUUGUUGAUAAGGUGAUUACUUCGCCAAUCAGACCGAAUAUCGUCACUAUAACUGCAGCUCUGGCUGCUUGUGCUAGCUUGAAUUUAUUGCACAAAGGGAAAGAAAUCCAUGGAUAUAUGUUGAGGAACGGUUUUGAAGACGACCACGUUGUUUCGAGUGCUCUCAUUGACAUGUACUCGAAGUGCGAGUGUAUUGAUUCGGUGAUUCGAGUAUUUGGGGGAACAAAGAACAGGAAUGAAGUUUGUUGGAAUGCCUUGAUUGCAGGUUUUAGGAGAAUUAUGCAGCCCAAAAUGGCGGUUGAACUCUUCUGUCAAAUGCUAGUAGAAGGCAUAAAACCAAGUUCAGACACCUUUUCGAUACUUUUCCCUGCCUUGGCUAGGACAGAUUUGAUAACGAGAAGACAGCUACAUUCCUAUAUCAUCAAGAGUCAACUUGUCAUAUCGUGCAAUGAUCUCGCAAAUGUCUUAAGUUCAAACGAGUUUGAUGGGGGAGUUCUGCUUCAUGGAACAUAAUGCAUACUCGCGAGACAUCUAACCUGCGUUUGUGGCAAUCAAACUUUGGUUUCAAUAGAUGAGACUUCAGAUGACGAGACACUGCAUCUAAACUGCCACCACGGUUCAAGGGGAAUUUUCUUGCAAAUUGGAACGAUGUUUAAAAAAUCACCUGGCGUUAACAUCCUAUCUGUUCUCGUUACAAAGAAGGCCUUCAUAUAUACCUCCUAGACGAUCAUCCCCACGACAUCGAGUUGAUCUUACCCUAAUAUACCCUCUUGAGUACUCAUCAAUAGGUGGUGGGCUUUGGGAUUGCAUAACUUUGGCUACCUGGCUCAUUGCCACCAAUACUUAGGUUGUCCUAUUACAAGAUUAUGUGCAAGAUGCAAGUUCAUGUCACGAUUAGGCGUAGUGAGGAGGUGUGUGCUUAUCGAAAAUAAGUGAAUCCCAAGUGCCUAUUCCAAGAUUAUAGGUAUGCUCGGAAUUGCUUUCGAGAUUGUAUUGUAUCGUGCUUACGAACACUUCUCACUCAAAAUCAUUGUACCUGAAUCAUUUUUUCAAGUGCAAGAAUCAUUUUUUCUUUC